AUGUGUCCAGAUCUGACGGGCCUGCACGUAGAUACGAUGAAACGACGGAACAGACGUGGGGGAUUCACUGAGAACGGACUUUCGUAUCUUUUUUAUAAGUGCACACGGCUGGAGGGACUUGGUCUCGAUUGUCAGUCGAAUCUGACCGCCAUUCCCUCAUCAAUUGGCGGCCUUGCGUCACUCAAGAGCCUUCACAUCACCGACAGGGGGGGAAUUGCUCUCCUUCCGGUCGCGUUCACCUCGUUGCAUUCACUCACGCAUCUCGUGAUUGAAAUGUACGGCUUGGAUGAACUGCCUCAGGGCGUCGGCAAUCUGAGGCUGCUCAAGUCCCUUCAUCUGAACGGCUGCAUGCGGCUCGGCUCCUUUCCCGAUUCUUUCGGACAGCUAACUAACUUGACACAUCUUUCCAUCAGCGGUUCCAGGACAAGGCUUCAGCUGCCCGAAUCUAUCUCGAACCUCUCGUCCCUGGUGACACUCGAGAUUUCCAACUGCUCAGACCUUUCACCGCUGCCCGAGAGUUUUGGAAACAUGCCAGCGCUUGAAUCCCUACCUAGGCAUCAAACUCUCGUGCAUCUGCCUCACUCCAUAACCCUUGCCACUGCACUCAAGAAACUCGCGCUGGAAAUCUUCAGAGCUCUUCAAUCGCUACCCGAGGAUUUCGGGCAGCUGACUGUCCUAGAGACGCUACGCUUAGUUAAGCUCCCGCAGCUUAGCAGCCUGCCAGCAUCGCUUGGCAACCUGACGAGCCUUAAGGAGCUGAAAAUAGCCGAGUGCAGCCUGCUGACGCAGCUUCCGGACUCCCUAAGUCAGCUAUCUUCCCUCGAGCUACUGCAGAUCAAUGACUGCUGCAAGCUGAGAUCGCUACCGCAUGGCAUGGGGGAUGGUCUGCAUAGCCUGUGCAGACUGUAUCUACUCGACUGCACGACUCUCACCCACGUCCCUCGAUCCUUCUCCAGCCUCGCGUCCUUGCGAGUCCUAGCAAUCUGUGAAGCAACCAGCUUACGAGGCACACUACCAGGCAGGUUUUCCCACUUGACAAGCCUCAAGGAGCUUUAUCUCUCCUCCUUGAAUGCCUCCCUCCCUGCCUUCGCCCGCACUCUCACCCGCCUCGUGGUCGUCAGGUCCACGCGAAUCAAGGCGCUGCCACAGGAGAUUGGACGGCUGGGAGAGCUUGUUACACUUAAGCUCUUACUACUACCCAACUUGAAGUUGCUCCCUCACUCGAUGUAUCAGCUGCCGCGGUUGAAAUCUCUGCAAGUGAGUUCCUGCAGCGCAUUGGAGUCGCUGUUUGGGGAUAAAGACCAGGGGGGUGCACACAUGGGGGUUGCACGCAAGGGGGAUGCACGCACGGGAGCCUCUGGGCAAGAUCGUGGGGGAAGAAUCGCCCGUCUGGAGCUAGCCAGUCACACGGGUAGCAGCAGAGCCGCUGGCAGCUGUGGGGGGCUUGAGAAGAGUGGUACGGGUGUGUUGCUGCCAUCCCUGGAGGUCCUUGAGCUUGCAGAGCUUCCCCUGCAGCACCUCGGUGCAUGGCUGGGCUGCCUCCCGUCGCUAACAAGCCUGCAAAUCUUCCACAUGGAUCGCCUCCAAUCGCUCCCAGACUCAAUCUCUCGCCUCUCUUGGAUGCAGUCACUGGAGAUCAUUCAUGCCAAAAGCCUGCUUGCUCUGCCAGAGUCAAUGGGAAAGCUCUCAGCACUCACAUCCCUCCAUCUGAACGGUCUCAUGGGCUUGACUGAGCUGCCCGAGUCAUUGGGGUAG